AUGGACGUUCUCUUACUAUGGACCAGAAACGAGAUUCCGCAGGGACAACCGAGAACCGGGCCAGCACAAGGCUCUUCGCCAAGCCGUGCUCAUGAGGUCAUUGGCACAUCGGUGUCUGUCUUCGCCCUAUGUGCAGCAGCUCUAACCGGGCUACUUAUACACGCCACCGAGAUCGGAUUGGGGAAGCAUGUUUAUGACCUCGAGAUGUCCGAGUUGUCAAGCACAACACUGCACUUAUGGAUCGCUUAUAUUCUACUCAACUUCACGCUCGGAAUCACCAAGAUCUCGAUAGUCCUCUCGUACCUGCGGCUCUUCGCCUCUCAGAGGUGGACGAGAAUAGCGUGCAUUGCAUUUUUGUGCGUCCUGAUAGCCAACACGAUAAUUUCGGUGGCGUGCUGCAUCUUGACCUGUCACCCGAUAGGGCUAUUCUGGCAUCUCGAACUGGUCACUUCGCCCCAAGUGCUCACUGACAACUGCGUCAAUUUUAAGGCUAUGUGGUACACUCAAGGCUACAUCUAUGUUCUCUUCGACAUUAUCCUCAUCAUACUUCCGAUACCGGUGGUAAAGUGCCUUCGGAUUUCUCGGCGGGAGAAGGUGGCGCUGGCGAGCAUCUUUGCUCUUGGAGGAUUUGGCUGUAUAUGCUCCUUCCUCCGUCUGCGCUCCCUCGGCCACGCGUUUGGUUCCAAGGACCCCGGAUGGGACAACGUCGACUCGGCCCGCUGGACAGUCAUCGAAGUGGCAGUCGGCAUCAUCUGUGCCUCGCUGCCUCAAUGCAAGGCGAUCCUCACGCGGCUGUUCCCGCGCUUCCUCAACCCCAACCGUCCGAGGAGCAAAGGCGUGACGAUGGCGGUUUCCGAGUUCGAGAAAGGGCACGGCUGGCACUCACAACUGGAGCGGGGGAUAAGGAUGGACGCGACGCAGAGAAACCAGAUGAGCCGGAAGGGAGGGCUCGUGCAAUCGAUGGUGGAGAAGGGCGGCGGGGUGGACUGGCCGCAGAAACUCAUACCAGGCGGCGCGGCGACGGGCGCUUCAGCCAUCCUGGUCACGACGACCAUGACGCAGCGGCGGGAGUCGCGCUGCUCGAGUCUGGAGAUCACGCACGACGCGCCGCGGAACAACAGCAUCACCCCGAGCGAAGUGUCGCUGCCGCUCUUCCUCACCGACGACACUCCCCGAGCGCGAACCAUGAACUCCACGUAG